CUCCAGACUCCCCCAGCACCCAGCUACUACCCCCAGCUGCUACCCCCACAGCCGGUACGCGAACCUUGUUUAAUUGGACAAUUCAACUUUACAGUCACAUAUUCAGACAGUGUACAAAAACUUGAUCAAGCACAAGAUCAUGUAUGGUAGUAAAACCCCUGCUGGAUCAUCCAUUGCCGGCCGGGCAUACCUAUCACAUACACUACAUAUCAUCAUGUCACUCGAAACUGUACAGGUCACCCAUGUGGCUUGGCCAAAUACGGAAUACAAUACUAACCUAGGUUAGACAUACAUGUAUGUACUUCGCGGUACUUUGUAUUAGUCCAUGGUGCAUUGUUGUAUAUAAAAGACCAUCUGCCCACUCGUACUUCGUUGUUCUACUUUCCGCUUUGACACGUCUAACUACCAACCUAUUUCUCAAAUCUCUCCUCGUCUGUCUCCAGAGUCCGAAUUAAGGAGCAGACAUAACUCUGUAGUUGAUCAUAACAAGAUGGCAGUAUCACGAAUAAAAGAGCCCUACUUUGGGCUGAAGGGCAAAUGGCUGACCUUCUGGAUCACUCUCGCUUGCGCUACAGACAUGACCCUUUUUGGGUAUGAUCAAGGUGUUUUCAGUGGUGUUGUUAUUUCGAAAGACUAUCUAGACGUCCACAACCUACAUGGCCCGGAGAAUACAAGCAUUCUAUCAAUCAUCACCUCGAUUUAUACUAUCGGCUGCUUCCUGGGUGCUAUCACCGCAUUUUACAUCGGAGAGUCGAUAGGCCGAAAGAAAACUGUGCUUGUCGGUACUGCAAUCAUGAGUGUCGGCGCUGUUCUCCAAACGAGCUCUUUCAGCGUCCCGCACAUGAUAGUAGGUCGUAUCGUUACGGGCAUCGGCAACGGAAUCAAUACAGCUACUGCUCCCGUUUGGCAAACAGAGACCUCCAAGGUGGACAACAGAGGGAUGCUUGUCAUGCUCGAGAUGGGCUUGAACAUCUUUGGUUUUUCCUUGAGUAAUUGGAUCAACUAUGGAAUGUCAUUCGUUGGAGGUUCCGUCGGAUGGCGGUUCCCCCUGUCUCUCCAGCUCGUUUUCUGCAUCGUUCUCUUCUCUACUAUCCCAUGGCUACCAGAGUCGCCCAGAUGGCUGUUUGCACAUGGUCAGGAGGAUGAAGCGGUUAAGAUCUUGGCGGAUUUGGCAGACAAACCGAUUAAUGAUCCCUAUAUCGUCGCCGAGCGCGAAGAAAUCGUCUUCAGUAUCGAAUAUGAGCGCCAAAAUGCGAUCAACUGGGGUGAUCUUCUCCGAGGUCGUACCAAGUCUGGAACUAAAACAGUUCGACGACUGAUCCUUGGCUCUGGUACUCAAGCUAUGCAACAAUUUGGUGGCAUUAAUAUCAUGUCCUACUACCUUCCUACCGUGUUGAUCGAGUCCGUCAAGCUAGACGAGAGCAUGGCCCGUCUUAUUGCUGCUUGUGCAUCAGUCGCCUACCUCUUCGCGUCUUUAAUAGCUGCGCCCCUUGUGGAAAGGGUUGGCCGCCGCAUCAUGAUGAUGGUUUCCACUGCAAUCCAACUAGUCUGCUUCUUGCUUGUCACCGUCCUCCUCCACUUUGCUGAGAAGCCCGGCUACCUUCAUCAGAUUGAAGUAUCUAAGGCUUCUGUCGUAUGGUUCUUCAUCUACUACAUGGGUUUUGGUUUAGGAAUGUUGGGUAUCCCGUGGCUGUACCCCACCGAAAUCAACUCUCUUCCUAUGCGAACAAAAGGAGCUGCUGUUGCUACCAUGACGAACUGGAUUACAAACUUCAUCGUCGUUGAAGUGACACCCAUCGGUAUCCAAAAGCUAGGCUGGAAGUUCUAUAUCAUCUGGACAGUGACAAACGCGCUAUUCUUGCCCAUCAUAUGGCUCUUCUACCCCGAGACGGCCAACCGUACUUUAGAGGAUCUAGAUGCUUACUACCGCGACAACCCACCCCUAGUCCUUCACAAGGACCGCGACUCUACCUCCGUCCGCCGACCCGAGAGGUUCGCCGAGGCACAAGGCCGGGAUAUCGAAGAAGCUACGAAGCACCUGGAGAGACACACCUCUGUUGUCCACGACGAAGGGGGUUUGAGCAGUUAAGCUACCCGUUUAUCUUACGCACCCUUGGUCGCGGGGUAUCAUUUAACGCACGAAGUUUUUCACGAGGUAUAUUGACGGGUCUUGUUCGUAUGGGGUUCACUAUGCAACGGUGUUUUACGAGUUUAUAGCGGGUAUACCAUAGGGAUACAUGCGCAUGUCUUGGGUUUCUGGGCUAGACUUGAUACCAUUUCUGACUAUAGCAAUUGCCUAUGGAGUUUAUGAAAUAAACGAUAUGUUCAUUAUUUUGCUGUGUUAGUGUCGAGGAGGAAUUUCUAGCGAUUGUAUUAUGAUGAUGAAAUCGUUAUUGCUCGAAGGGUGCGAAAGUGACCAUGACAUGGAGUCCGGGAUUAUCCACCCCGACAAUCUACCCUUCACUGCCGCAGCAUUGGCUCUUUUUGUCAGAAUUCGUUGAAGUAUAUAUUGUUUCUGGAUUACUUUUGACCCAGACUGGCGGUACUUUCCGCUAAUAAGAGACUCGUUUUCCAGGCCAAGAUUUACUAACGCUUGCCUCCAGAGAGAUGGCGUUUCCGGUAGUUCAGAGACAAGAGAAGACAUGGUGGACUUAAUAGAGUAUAUUUGAUAUAAAUGAUUACUGAAGUUUUAAGCACGUUACCUCUCAC